AUGGGUUGCUUUAAAUGCUGCAUGUCAAAGGAAAGAUUAGGGAGAAAGGCAUUGAAAAAAAGCAUCAAGGAAUACCGUGAUGCCGAGACUUUAGCCUCGUAUGCUAACAUUUCAUUCAAGACAGAUAGCAGCAGAAAAAGGUUCAUAAAUGAAGAAAUCAAGAAAAUUGGAAAGGGCAAUAUAUCUGCUGGUAUUUUCACAUGCCGAGAGUUGGCUACUGCAACCACGAACUUCAACAAUGAAAACCUGAUAGGCGAAGGCGGUUUUGGGAGGGUAUACAAAGGGCUGAUUGAAAAAACGAACCAAGUUGUCGCUGUUAAGCAACUAGACAGGAAUGGAUUUCAAGGAAACAGAGAAUUUCUUAUAGAGAUUUUGAUGUUAAGUCUUCUUCACCACCCUAACCUUGUCAACAUGGUUGGAUAUUGUGCUGAUGGUGACCAGAGGAUUUUAGUAUAUGAGUUCAUGGUUAACGGCUCCCUUGAGGAUCACCUUCUUGAUUUGACCCCAGAUAAAAAUCCGUUGGAUUGGAAUACUAGGAUUAAAAUAGCAGAAGGGGCUGCAAGAGGCCUUGAAUACUUGCAUGAAUCAGCAGAUCCUCCAGUAAUAUACCGUGACUUCAAAGCAUCAAACGUGUUAUUAGACGAGAAUUUCAACCCAAAGCUCUCAGAUUUCGGGCUGGCAAAGCUUGGACCGACCGGGGACAAGACACAUGUAUCCACCAGGGUGAUGGGGACUUAUGGCUACUGUGCACCUGAAUAUGCCUUGACAGGACAGUUGACAGCGAAAUCCGAUGUUUACAGCUUUGGAGUCGUGUUUUUGGAGAUGAUCACUGGAAGACGAGUCAUCGAUAGUUCAAGACCAGCUGGGGAAAAGAAUUUAGUUUCCUGGGCAACACCAUUAUUUAAAGAUAAAAAAAAGCUUGCAUUAAUGGCAGACCCUUUGCUAAAAGGAAACUAUCCCCUAAGAGGUCUGUAUCAAGCACUUGCGGUUGCAGCUAUGUGUCUCCAAGAGGAAGCUCUUACAAGGCCCUUAAUGGCUGAUGUUGUAACAGCACUUAAAUUUUUAGCAGUAAAUGAUGCUCCUGAAGAGAGGGCGGUGGACGAUGACCAUAUCAAGACACCUUCUCCUGAUAGUGAUUGAGAUCAAAAUGGUUUCAUGGGUCUAUCAAGCACUCCUUUUACCAUUACUCAAAUUUCAUUUUCCAUUUAAUUACUUUUAU